UGAGCUGUUAACGUUGCUUCAGUUUCUGUUUUUGUUUUUCUUGGUUUUACCAGCUGUAGGUGUCUGGAGCUUAACUAACAAGUCUUGUUAACACAGUGAUCACAUGACGCGUCGGGUUGGACCUUUAAGGGACACCGUACAUUCGCUAUCCAGCCGCUGACGUCACGACUGGCCUACAGGAUGUCUAAACUGGAACGUUUGAACGCUCGAGUGGCCAAGCUACUGACUGAAGUGGUGCAUGAGGUACUGGGGGUGGUGAAGGAGACGGUGUCAGAGUACCAGGAGAAAACUGCCAGAACACAGAGAGAGAACGACAGUCUAAAGAGAAGGCUGCAGGAGCUUGAGGAAAAGAUAACAAGAGAGAGCAUAGCUUUUCUACCAACAAGUAAUCCUUUACUGGAAGAAGAAGAAGACACGCAGAAUCAAGAGGAGGAUUUGGUGCUCGCUUUGGGACAGGACCUGGACUUCCCUCUCGCAGAGCCGAAACAGAUAAGCAGCCACAAACCUGACCAUGACGUGAAGCAAGAAUUGACACCACAGGAGAACUUCAAUGACACUGAACCGCAAGCUCAGUGCAACUCUGCACUAACAACUGAACAUUGCAUAGCACAACCAGAGGAGGUGACACACAUUCAUGAGGAUGCAAUGACAGUCCACACAUCACACAGUGCAGACACAGAAAUCAGUGUCUCAUCCAAUAAUGAGUGCACUUCUCACCCAAGCACCUCACUAGGGGUAAACCUGGCGAAUAUCAAAAGGGAGUUUGAACUAACACACUGCACAACAUUAGAACCACCGUCUCUUCAACAACAAUAUAGUGGAUGUGUAGAUUUAAGCUGCAACUCUUCUCGUCAGAACUCUGCUGAGACGCCCAGGUCGCCAGUUAGUGCCGAACCUUACGGUCGUGUCUUUGUUCACUCAAAUCAUGCCAUACCUAGGAGGCACGGCUUUGCAAAAACCAACAGGACUGCAUAUGACGGGAGAAAAAUCCGUAUGGAGCACUUCAGGAGAGAUGAAUCGCACUUGUGUGUUGUAUGUGGAAAGAGGUUCAGCAGGGUGGGGAACUUGAGAAUCCACCAACGUUGUCACACAGGAGAGAAGCCGUAUGGCUGCGUACAGUGUGGGAGACGUUUCAGUCAGGCAGGAGACCUGAAAAAACACAAGAGGGUCCACACGGGGGAGAAACCGUACUACUGCAACCAGUGUGGAAAGAGCUUCAGUCGGGGGGAGAAUCUGAAACGACAUCAGAAGAUACACGUUGGAGAGAUUUUACAGUUACAGCAAGUGUGGAGGGAGCAACAGCAAUGAUUGAUAUGCUAGACUGACUGCAUAUCAACUAAAUCAGCACACUGACUUUGUUUAGAAACUGUGAAGGAUCUUUUCUGGACUUUGCCCUUAGUUUAAGAAAUAGUUGCAAUUAUUUGCACAGAACACAUUGAAAGGCAAUUCUCUUGUAGCUCUUUGGGAACUGUAGUGUGUUACAAGGAGUUGUGCCGUUCUGGUGUGUAGCCAGCUGUGAGCUUGUUACGCUCGUCUUUUCAUCCCUCUGAUUGUGAUGAAACGGGGAUGUAAAAGGUAAUCAUAUAACCAAAGAGGCUAAAGCUUUACAGAUAGAGAUGCACUGAUUCUAUGAGUAUAUAAAUUGAUAUCUGUCUAAUGUUGGCUAACGUGAUUUGGUCAAUUGUGGAAUUUCACAUCAUGGAACUGUUGAAGAAAUGACCUCAAAGGUCGUCCACAGCCAUGAUACAUUCAUACAGGUGAUUACAAUUAUCACGGCUGAUUACAUGUGGCAUCUCUGUUGUUCUCCUGUUUGCUGUGUUGUACCUGUUGCACCACCAUCAUUCUUGUCAGUACAAAGAGUUUUGUACAUCAUUUAACCUCAACUUUAGUAGAGGUCUAAUCAGAAUAACUGACACACCUGCAGGGGUGUGUAGGGCUUUUAAGAUAGGCAUGAGUAAGUUGCACAUUUUAUUUUGCACCUUCAAUUGUCAACUUCAUUUUAUUACAAUGCAUAAUAUUAUCAGUAAUGGGUCAUACAAUACAAAAGGGAAACUUAAGACACUUAACAUUUUAGUUAUCUCUACUUUGUUGUAACAUCUAUUGUUGAUUUUGGACCAAAACAUUUAACUCCAGUGAGCCUUUGGUCUAAAGAGCAGAUAGAAACAUUGUAAGAUGACAGUGUUUUAUAUAUUGUGUAUAUUAUGAGUUUUCUCAAAUCAGUAAAUUUGGAAGACAAUUAUUCAAACUUUUAAAAAUCUGGAUAGCAUGAUUAUGAUUAAAAUUGCCUGAUUUCCAGACUGAUUGAAGUGUACUGUAUUCUGGAUAUAUUAAUUCAUUUUUUUUUUAUAGUUCUUAAUCAUAAAAGCCAGGAAAAUAGAGUUUGCACAGCAAAACAAUAAAUAUAUUUAUU